UAUGGCGUGCGUAGCUUGACGCUGGUACCUGUCAAACAGUCCCCCGUUCUCCUCGGUGUGUUCCCGAAAUGCCGGUUGGCUUCAGACUAACAGGGCUAAAGACUCACGGCAGUGUGCUGGCUCUCACAGAAUGUAUUCAAACUUGACCUUGCGUCCCCGGCACACUUAACGGAUUGCUCACCGGUCCCGGGGGAUUUCUUCUUCUCCGCAGCGCCCUGCAUUACAACGGAAUGGAAGCUGAAUGGAAGUCGGACGUGGAUACAGGCUGAUGGACCAGGAACAACAGGAGGAAGAGCAGCCCGCUGUAGACUGAUACAGUGCUGAUCGCCGGCAUGACCUACUUAGCACAGAGCUUGAUGGACGUGUCUUCAGGACAUCUCUGCUGCUGUAUGGAUACAUUGAUGGACGUGUCUUCAGGACAUCUCUGCUGCUGUAUGGAUACAUUGACGCGCUGCUCAACCUUGUAACACAGUAAUAAGUGACCUUCAUUUUGAUUUGCUGCUUCAGAACUGUCCACAAGACACGUGAAGUCGCUAAACAAACAGAAGCAUCCACGCAGACCAUAUCCUAUGCAAAGUAGGGGAACUAAAUAAAAUGCACGAAAAGCAGUGCAUGCUGGAUGUUUUGCUGACGUUUUUCUUGGGGUUUAAGAGAAAACCAAAAGGAAAAAUUAACCAAGCAGGUGGCCCAGGGAUUCUGGGUACUACUCUCUGCCCUGCCUUUUUCUGUCUGUCUGACUAUACACCAGCUCUGCUCUUUGGACUAGUCGACAGCUCGCGGGGCCCACAGUGGAGCCAAGGAUCAAAAGUCCUGAGAAGAGCAGGGCUGAAAGGUCUUUUUUAAGCCGGAGGAGCCUGCAGAUGCCUUAUCUACUCAUUAGCAAGAGAGUGUAUGGGGAUCACUUACUAUGCUGUGAUUAGCAAUAAAGUCAUCAGCCAACCAAUAAACACUGAAGUGCUGUGCAGGAAAAGACAGAUUCAAAUAAACUUUUUUGACCGUCAGCAAACUGAACAUUAUGCUACUGAACUGUGGCCAGCCGUUACCUCUUCUGAGGCAUACGGAUGUGCCGCCGCGUGUCAUAGAAAACUUCAUCCUGACUGGCUACCGCUUUCCAAACUACAGCCUAAGGGAUUGCUUACUAUCGGCAUUCAGGCCCACCAAUGAAACAGGCAACUUCUGGACACACUUCCUCCCAGUUUUUAUUUUUUCAUACUAUUUUGUGGAGGUGUUUGGUUGGGAAGGUGCGCCAAAUGGUGACGCCCCGUUCUUCUAUCCGUUGUGGAACUACUUUAUCGGGGUGUUCUGUCUGUUAAUGGCUAGCAGCAUGGCCCACCUGCUCAACUCAAUGUCUCUGGUGGUAAGAGAAGUCUGCUUCUUUGUGGAUUACGGCACUAUCAGUUCCUACACCGUUGGCUCAUCAUUGGCGUACUACUACUACAUCCACCCUCGGGCAGGGAUAGUAGAGACGGGAGGCCGAAAUGGCUCCCAUAUGGACUUGAAACUUGAACCUGCAGGAUCUCUUACAUCAUCCUAUGCAAUCCCAGAUUUCUCUGUGUUUUUUGAGACCUUCUACAUCCCGACCGCAUGCGUUGUAGCAAUCAUUUGCGUCAUAUCUUGCUGCAACACUCGCCAUAGGUGGAGGCGGCAUCGGUACGUCAUCCGAACCUUUGUUUUCCUCCUCCCGUUCCUCAUCUCCUCCACGCCAGUCUUCUACCGCCUCCUCACUAGAUCGCCUUACUCUACCACCUCCUCUUUCGCGGCUUCCACCUCCACGGCCAGCUUCUUCCAUCGCCACUGCCUCUGGCUGCUGGUGUCGGCCGUCUUCAACAUCAGCAAGUUCCCCGAGCGGCUAGCUCCGGGCCGCUUCGACAUCUGGGGGCACAGCCACCAGUGGUUCCACUGUUGCACGUUUUUGUCCAUCCUCGACGAACUCCACAUGAUCAAGACCGAGGUGAGGGCAAUCCUGCUCAGCCCAACUCUGCUUUUGCCCCCUGCAAUCCUCUCCCGCCUACCAGGACCUACCAUAGCUUCCACCUACGGGGUGAUGUUCCUCCUCCAGACCACCAUCAUCUCCAUCAUCGUGUGGUUCUCCUGGCAUGCCACCAGCAUCUAUGGACCCCAGAGAGACCAGCUGGAAAAGGAACACCCCAAGAAAACCCUGAAAUGCCACUGAUCACAAAGACAUCUUUUUUUUUUAAUCCCAACUGCGAAGGAAGGUUUGCACACGCAUACAGAGCCAUGCCACAAAGACAAGUAAAACAAUAUUUCUCUCCUAAUUUCAAGUCCCUCAUAUGUUCCAAUCCCUUCAACAGCUUUUUUUUUUCAAGCUUUCAUGAGCAGAAAUCUGGGACGAUGGGAGAUGAAAGGAUUAUAUUCUGAGCUCACCGCAGGGUGGCUGUCUGGUUGAGUGGAUAUUGAACGUCCUAGCCAGUUCUUUCCCCUGAGCUCAUCCAGCAUGUUCCAACAGGAUGUCUGAGCUGUGGCGAUAAUAACUACCUCCAGGGACUGUAUACUUGAGGACACUGGAAAGGUGUUGGUACCCAGAAGAACUGUUCCAUAUAACAUGUGGGUAAUGUGGCGUAAAUGUAAGCGUGAGCAUUUACAGAAGUUGCUGUUGUCAAGUAGUUCCUCCUGUUCCACUUCCCCUUCCCUCUGACCUUACACAGCAUCUUCUGAAAAGCCUCUGCUAUGGUUGCUGUUGGAACUUUUGUUUCACAUUGAAUGAAUCCUUUUCUGGCCUUUGUUGACCACACCGUAUCUUCCUCUUGACGCCCACACGCAGUCUCAUUUCCUCUCUUUCCAAGUGACACUUGCAGCAGGAAGUGCGGUGGCCUUGACGACGCAACAGAAAUAGCUGAGAGCUCAUAUGAGUCGUAAAGUAAAGCACGUUCAGGGGGAAGCCAUUAAGAAGCCAUGUUCGCUUUGUUCACUUUUAAGAAAUUCUUUUUCUCUCUGUGACUGUGCCAAUUGUCUGUGUCCAUGUUUGUCAUGUGUUUCAUAUAGAAGCACAGUGUCCAGAGAGAAGGGGGAACGCUAACGGUAUGCUAACGUCAGUAAUGGAUCAAAGAAGAAUUCUUUUUGCUAAAAUGCGUUUUUCGUCUUCAACAAAAUCAACGUGGUGGUUUCAAGACCCAUCUGCUGAAGUGUCCACGAACAAGACACUUGGUGCUGCUGUGUACCCGAGCCAGUCCUCCCUGAUGAGGGGAGAGGAAAUAGGAUUUGUAUAGAGAAUUAUACUUAUUCCUUUGUUCUGAGUUCAUGCGCACACUGAAAAUGGACCAUGACUAUUUGCGCUCGGACGAAGAUUCAUGUGUUUUCUCUGCAUGUUUUUAUGUAAUUGUGUCAUGUCCUCAGUGAUUUUGUCCUGUCAAGCUGUCUGUCUCUGAGGGAGUUGCAUCUUAAAUUUUUACCUCCCACAUCGCAUUGACAUGUUGAAAUCAUGUUGGUCACUGUCGCAUUUCAAAGAUGUUACGAUUACCACUGUAUUAGUUCUACUUGUAUCUGCACAUUAACUUGUGUUUCUUUUUCAUUCACUUGCUUAGAGAUGAAAACUGAGUUGUUAAUUAUGUAUGACACCGCAAUGAUUGUGGUUGUGGUUGUGAUACUCAUGCUGUUAUGGUGCACUUUAAAGCUUCUUCAAAGAUCCUCAGAAUGUUCCUUUAAGGGAACCCUGCAGUACUGUAUUAUUUCAGAACAUUUCAGGUUUAAGUUGUGCUUUCUAAGGAAUAGUCAGAUUCAUCGGGUAACAAUGCAUCCAAUGUUGAAGUCAUGCUUCUACCUCUAUAGAGCAUGUGUGUCACUGUAGCGAUGACAAGAACCAACGCUGAACUGGAUCUCGUCCCGUCCCCAGUCUAGAUGCCAGACUUGAAUCUAUCGAUGUUAGAGUUCAGUAUAUGAAUGUGAGACUUACACACUGCUGUACCUAACCCAGUCAAGUACUCAGGGGUGACUGAGGAACGACACUAACCUGUUAUUUACAUGCAUUUAGAUGAUACAUUACUGGAGGAUGAUUAAAGAAUCUGUGUCUGUUAUUGAUGAUUCAAAUAGCACUAAUAUGGAUGAUUGAGUUUAAUAAAUAAAUUAUGCAGAGAACUAU